UCUUCGCUCUGUCAUAAACACGCAACCCAGAGCGAAGAUGGGAAGCUGUUCACGACCCGGUGUGCUGCUGUGUUUUGUCCUCCAUUAACCCCUCCUUUCGUCUCAUUUUAGUCAUACUGGAUCGCUAAUCCCGUAAGGGCAGACUGUCUGUAGCAUCUAUCCCACACGUAUCGACCCAGUACUGGAUAAAAGGACAGGCAGAGCUGCGUCCUGUACGCACAAGCAAAGGCGAUCUUGUGUACUGCGCACCACGGCGCACAAGGAGACAUGUGUGCGCACCAGCGAUCACCGUUGAACUUCACCACCUCUGACAGACCCUAGAGUCAUUUGGAUAUCGCUACAUUAACCUACUAUAAAGCAGUCUUCGCGUAACCACACGCGUGGCAGGAAGAUUUGGAUGUAAACGCCAACAAGUGGAAUUGGUAAUGUGCUCUUUCACUGGGACCCUGGUCAUGGAUUUGACCUGUUCUGUUUAAUGUGACGGGAGACGCUGCAUUAAUAUCCCACUCAGCGACAUAUGGUCUGUGGGCACAGAUUUGAAGCUAUCGACCCGCCGCUUCUCCACAGCGCGUCCUCGGCGGGGCUGGAGUGGACAGAACAGGGGACGCUGAGGAAUGCGGAACAGGGAUUUUGUCUUUACCAGCUCACCUGCGGAACUCUUCGCAGAACACACCAAACCGAACGAAGCAGACAGUGACCCGCGUGGCGCCAUGCUGAGGCAGAUCCUCUUCAACUCCACCAACACCCCAGACUUCAUGGCCCAGUCCUCCACGCACGCCCCCUCCUCCCUGAACGCGUCCCACAGUGGCUCGGUGAGCGUGGCCGCUCUUCUGAGACCCACCACAGGGAGAGGGGGAGGGGGGCUCCGGGAGGGCGAGCUCCACAAACCUGACCUGAUCACCUACAUAGUCAUGUGCCUGCUGCUCUUCCUGUUAGUGCUGCUCAUUGUGUUCUUCAUCAACUGCCAGCUCCGGAACUCUUUCUUCGCCUCCAUGCCAUAUGACAGGUCGCUGAGAGAGGCCCGGACCUCCUACAAGUAGGCAAGCCCUCAGGGCAAAUCUCUGGGACUCUGGACUCUUUAGUGAGACUCCUAUGGGGGUUUAAAAACUGGUAACCCCUGAACUGCUGCUGCACGUACUGGACACAUGAAGUUGUUGCCUUUAUCUGUAGUCUUUGGAAGGCCUAAAUAACCUGUAAUCCCUAACAAAACCUAACAUGAAUAGCCAGGCCCACAGACCCAUCCCAAAAAGAUACUUCAGUCCAUGGGGGGCCGAUUGAGAAAAUGAGUGGUGCAAAUGGCUGCAGGUGGAAGAUAACAGUAUAACUACUGAUCAAAUUGGUGACUCAUAUUUUCAGGUAAUUAAUGACUGAAAUGUGAAACAAUCCAUCAUUCCCUAUAACCCCCUUUGUGGCAUCAGUACUGCACUUUGGACACAAAUAGUUUAUUCCUUUACAGUAUACUCACAAGCUUGUAUUAAUAGUUGCUUAUAAAUCGGACAUGGCGCCUGCGUUUUGGGUUCAAAUUCACAGUAUUUCACACUGGCCCUGACAAGAUGAAUCUGUUUUUUUUCUCCAUGGAAACGUGACUUAUGUCAACACAGAAAGAGUCUACAGUGGUUUGUAUAUAAAAUAUUUUGUAUGACUGUAACUUAAUUGUCUUGUCUUGUGAAAUCAACACACACUUCCCACCCUUUUGUCCGUUGUAAAUUGGUGAUUAAAUGACAGACUAGGCCUAUUUCCUCACAUAAAGAUAUUCAAAUGUC